AUGACUCUGAUUGGAGAGAGACUGGAUCGUCUGUGCAGUCACCUGCAGGCCUCAGUAGGUCUACAGGGCUUGGCCCCACGAAUUCAGGAGCAGCUGCAGGACAACAAGCACACACUGACUGAGCUCUCCAAACUGGAUAUGGACCUCAGCAGUGUAAGGACACAAGCUCAGGAGUUGCUGACCAACACACGGGCAGUUGGGGACAGUUCCAUUGGCACAGCCAUUCAGGAGCAGGUGUUCACUCUAUCAAACCGCUGGAAGGAGGCUCAGAAACAAGCUCAGGAGAAGGAGAACUGGCUUCUCAAUGUCAUGGAUCUGGCAGUCAGGUUCUGGAAUGAUGUGAAUGACAUUACAGCUGGACUGAAUGAUGCCCAGCAGGCCGUUCUGGAUCUCAACUCCAAUCGAUCCGAUUCUGAGACCAUCCGACAGAGCCUAGAGACCAUGCAGACACUCAGGGAGGACAUUGACUCGCUGCAAGGUGACCUGGACAUAUUAGGAAUUCUGGGAAUGGAACUCAUGUCAGCUUGUGGUGACACAGACAAACCGGAAGUCACCAAAAGUUUGGAUGAACUCUACUGCACGUGGAACAAUCUCAGUAAGAUCUGGACAGAGUGCAACAGCAAGUUAAAGGAAUGUUUACGAAUGGCUCUCCAGUAUCAGGACAACAUGCAGGGUCUCUUUGAGUGGCUUAAAUCUGCAGAGUUGAAAUCCACUGAAGAGUUUUCAGUGGGCUCUGACCUGGGAUCAGUCAAAGAGCAGCUAUAUGACCUAAAGGAAUUUAAGCGGGAGCUCUACCAGAAGAAGAUCGAGAUCGAAAGUCUAAACCAUCGCUUCGUGUGUCGUCUUUCUCCUGGCACUGAACGGCCUGGAUCCAUCUCUCCACUGUGUGACUUCCGUCAGCGAUGGGACAACCUGGAGUCAGAGACUGUCAGCAGACAGCACCAACUGGAGUGUGCACUGCUAGGACUGGGUCAGUUCCAGAACACUCUAGAUGAGUUGCACACCUGGCUCUCCCACACGGCCGACCUACUGAAGGCCUCUCAGCCAAUCAGCAUAGACCUGCAGACCUGUGAGAUAGAGCUAGCCAAACACAAGGUUCUCCGUAAUGAUGUGAUGUCCCAUGUGCACACGGUGGACUCUCUGAACCAGGCCGGAAGAAGUCUGUUGGAGUCUGGGGCAGGAGACAGCUCACAUGUCCUGCAGACUCGUCUGGAACAGCUGAAUGAACGAUGGGAAUUUGUGCGCUGUGAGACAGAGCGCAGACAGCUGGAGCUGGAAAAUAACCUUAGUCAGGUUCAAGAUGUAACCAUGGAGAUCCAGGAUCUCCUGCAGUGGCUGGAACACACAGACCUGAGGCUGUCGUCCAUUAAGACGGUGUGGGGUAUGCCAGACUCCGCCAACGAGAGACUGAAUGCUCAUCUGGAGUUGUGUAAUGAGAUGGAUUCUAAAAUGUACGCCUAUGCAAAUGUACGAAACGCCAUCCACAGGAUGCUUGAGGGCAAUGAUGUGGCCCGGGGCUCCAGCACUGAGCACAGCUUAUGCAUACUGGAGCAGAAAUGGAGCUCUGUCUAUGCCCAAAUGCAAGAGCGAAAGGCAAAGCUGACAGAGGGACUUGGUCUUGCAAAAGAGUUUAACAGGAAUGUCCAAGACAUUCUGACCAAAAUGGCCAAGUGUGAGGAGACCAUAAACACUUUACCUGCACCCAGCUUCAUCCUGGACACUAUUUCCUCACAGCUCCAGGAGCACAGGAUGCUGGUGAGUGAGGUGCAGUCUUACAGCGAGAGGAAGACGAGUAUGGAGAAUGCUGCCACCUGUCUGUCUGAACUCAGCAGGAAGGAAGACUGUGAUGUAGUGCAGAACCUGAUCAUGACCGUUCAGGACCGAUUCAGAAAACUCCUGCAACAUACCACAGAGAGAGGGAAAACACUGGAGGAUGUCAAAAGACAUUCCAAACAGUUCAGUGAAUCUUGGCAUCUACUGGUGGACUGGAUGACAGAGGUAGAACAGACACUGGAUACACACAAAGAGAUCGCUGUGUCACAGGAAGAGAUAAAAAAACAGCUCGUUGAGCAAAAGGAGUUCCAGAAGCUUCUCCGUUCAAAGAGGCCCAUGUAUGAGGCCUGUCUGAAGAGUGGCCGUUCAUUGCUUGAGAAAGCUCAGAGUCCUGAGGACACACAACACCUAGAGAGCAUGGUGUCUGAGCUCAGAGACUCAUGGGACACCAUCAGUGGCAAAUCCAGUGAGAGGCAGCAUAAGCUGGAAGAGGCCCUGUUGUUUUCAGGCAGGUUCGCUGAUGCUCUACAGGCUCUGAAUGAUUGGCUGUACAGAGCAGAGCCACAGCUUGCUGAUGAUGUGCCUGUCUGUGGUGAAAAAGACCUGGUCAACAAUCUCAUUGACAAGCACAAGGUGUUCCAGCGUGAGCUCGGGAAGCGUGCUAGAUGUAUCCGCACUCUGAAACGGUCUGUCAGGGAUCUAACACGGAGCAGCACAGCAGAUGCACACUGGCUGCAGGAGCAAAUGGAAGAGUUGGAGGGCCGCUGGGAGGCUGUGUGUAAACUAUCUGUGUCUAAACAGGCUCGACUAGAGGCAGCACUUCAACAGGCGGAAGAGUUUGAUGGAAUGAUUCGCUCAUUCCUGGAUCAUCUUGCAGAUGUUGAGAGGGUUCUAAAAUAUGGAGUGCUACCUGAGGAAGAGGAAGCCCUUCUGGCAUUUUGUACACGUCAUCAGGACUCGAAGAGUUCCUUGAACGGUCAGCAGAUGAUGCUGGAGAACAUUCAUAAACUGGGGGAAGAGAUACUGUCCUCGUGUCACCCUGACUCGAUCAUCACCAUCAAAUCAUGGAUCAGCAUCUCAAAGACUCGCUAUGAAGAGGUCCAGAUGUGGGCGAAGCAGCAGGCCGAGAGGAUCCAUAGCAUGCUGUCUGCUCUAGAGGCAGAGAGAAAGGAAGUACAGGAACUACUAGACUGGAUAUCCUCCACUGAAGAGUCUCUAAGUCUAAAAGAACAGGAAGCAUUGCCUGAGGACAUAGAGCUGACUGCAGAGCUCAUUACUCAACACUUGGUGUUUAUGGAUGAGAUGAAAGGGAAGGUUCCAAAGGUUGAGAAUGCCACAAAAUCCUGUAAACACAAGCUGGUUCCUAAGCAGCAGGUUUCUCCUAGUCGCAAGGGACCAACAAAAAGGAGAGGCACAGCGAAGCCCCAGCCAUCAGUACCUCUUCCUCUGGAGAAGUUGGACCCUCAAACUCCUCUUAUGUGUCAGCUGGUCAGUCAUUGGCAGAAACUCUGGCUCCUGGCCCACAGCAGACAGUGCAAGCUGGAGGAAAAUCUGCAGAAGCUGAAAGAGUUGGAAGAGUUUGCAAACUUUGACUUCAACAUCUGGCGGAAAAGGUAUAUGCAGUGGAUCAGUCACCUCAAAUCCCGGAUUUUGGAUGUUUUCCGUACCAUUGAUCGAGAUCAGGAUGGCCGAAUCAGCCACAAGGAGUUCAUCGACAAUGUUCUGGCCUCUAAAUUCCCCACCAACUCCCUGGAAAUGACUGCGGUUGCUAACAUAUUUGAUGUUAAUGGUGAUGGCUACAUUGACUACUAUGAAUUUGUGAGUGCCCUCCACCCAAGCCGAGAUCCUUACAGAAAGACGAUAGAUGCUGACCAAAUCAAUGAGGAGGUGAGUCGGCAGGUAUCUCAGUGCAACUGUCCAAAGAGAUUUCAAGUAGAGCAAAUUAGUGCAAACCGCUACAGGUUUGGAGACUCUCAGCAGCUGCGAAUGGUUCGUAUUCUACGAAGCACUCUGAUGGUGCGAGUUGGUGGUGGGUGGACGGCUCUAGAUGAGUUUCUGGUGAAGAAUGAUCCCUGUAGAGUAAAAGGACGCACAAACCUGAAGAUAAAGGAAAAGUAUCUCUCUCCAGACACUUUUAAGGUGUCAGGCCGCAGAGGAAGCGCUAAAGGUCUGACUGUGAGCAGAUCCAACUCCAGUCUUAGUUUAUAUAGCAGUGCCUCAGCUCCCAGCAGCCCCCUCAGCCGCAAGGCGCUACUGCGCAGAAGUUUCUCAGGUGAGAGGUGUAUACGGCCCAGGAGCUCGAUUGCUGCACUGGGAACUGACUGUUUCUCUGCCGGAGGAGACGAUUACUCGCCUUCACCUUCAGAAGAGGCUGAGAGAGCACCCACAUGACCAUCUUCUGUCCCUCACACCAUGAGAGCAACCAAAAUGGAAUUCCUUACUUUACUGAGGCCCGAAUCGAUGGAAAGGCCAAAACUGCCGGCCUUAGAUCAGUGGCCAAACGUCAGAUUUCCAUCAAGACAUGUGUCCUACUACCAGUGAUCUUAGGUGUGUCUGGACCAACAAUCAAAUAUUAUGCCAGGUCUUUUUGUUACUAUUAUGCCACUGAACUGUUCUGCUCCACAGACUUUAUUUUUACUAAUGGUCUUAAUAGUAAUGAGAGACCACCAGAAUGUUUUGCAUGGGUUUGAAAAGCACGUCUACAGCUUAUUUAGUGCUUUAAACAAGAUAUAUGCACAGAGGUCAUUAUAUUCUUUAGUUUCCUGGUGUAAGGGUGAGUGUUUUAUCCUACUCUGCAUUGUCACAGUAUAAGUAAGGCCACUGCCAUUUUAUAUUCGUUUAUUUAACCAACCUUUUCAUAAUUAAGUGUUCAAACACACACACACACACACACACAAAUGAAUAAAGAUAAGACACCCCACAGAUGGUGAUGCAAACCAAAAAAACAAACAAAUCUAGGCCUUUCUAAUGUAGGCUUUAAAAAUAUCUUCUGUCUUUAUAUAAAGCACUGGUUUAGGGGUCCAUUUUAUUGUUUUUUGGAAGUUUGGCUGUAAUAUACUCAGAUUUGGAAUACCAGACUACUUCAAGGUGUAGUCUAGAGAAUGCAUUUAAAGACCCCAUGAAAUCAAAAUUGGAAUUUUGUGGCUUUUUAGUUAAAAAAAAACAAAAACUAUCCUUUAGCAGAUUCUUCACACUUUUUACAGUCUUUUGGGAAAUCAGUCCAAAAAUAUUGAUGAUUCAUCUUGCACUUUUUUAUUUGACAAUAAAAGGCUUUCUUGAAAGACAAUGUCCCUCCCUAAUACCUACUUCUGAUUAGCGAUAGCAUGUAGUUAGUCAUGGUUCAUGGCUGUGACGCAGACUAAAGGCUAAAAAAAUCACCAUGCCCUUCAAUAUGUCCCACAACAGGAAUAAUACAUUUUCAAUAAUAAACGUCAACUUAACCCUUUCGCACGUGAGUUUCUCCUGUACGGAUCCCCCAGCAUGAGUUCUUUAAUCCGUGCUGUAAUUUUAAAAAAAUUACCUUACACUUCACAGCAGAUGCACUGGAGGACAGAUUAUAUAUUAUCAAACAUAUGAUGUGAUUUUUCGAUGUUUAUAAUGUGAUUUUUCGAUGUUUAUAAUGAUUUAUUAUGAUAGAUAAGAUGUGAUCGUGAAUGCGCUUGCCGGCUAUGCGUGGCGCCAUAUUGUUUAUGUGCAAUGUAGCAUGGCAUUCUUAAUUCGUUAAGCCUAGAAGGUUCUAAAAACUAGCCCUUCCACUGUCCCAGCACCAGAAGUGGUGAGAAUGAGUGACGGAUGGAAUGGGAGAAGGCUCGAGUAGACAAACUAGUUUGUAUAUUCUUUGUUUGAUGUCAGAAAACAUGGCUGCAUCGCUGUAUCAAAACAGUGCGCUCUGACGGUAACGGCUUUAAACUUUUUUUAGGUGAUUGUUUGAAUGUUUGUAACAUAUAAAAAUAAAGAUAUUGUGAUGUUGAAAAGACUAUUUGAGCAGCUGGUUCAUUAUGACAACCGCUUCAGUCCCUCUUUUACUGGUAAACAGCACCACGAAUGCAGAUCAUACAGGUUUGAUCGUACGUGUCUGAGCCCAGACUAGUGUAAACACACCAGUUUGAUUGUACGUGCGAAAGGGUUAAAAAACUCAUCAAUCGAUUUCAUGGGGGCUUUAAUUUAAGACUUAGUUAAUUCCAUUUCAUUGUUAGAUAUGACUCAUUUGUUUCCCUUCUUUUAUGUCCCAAUGUCAGUAAAAUGUACUGUAUUUUAGUGUAAUAUCAUAGUAACUUGUAGGAUUUUCUUUUUCAAAUUCUUCCCUAAAUAAUGUUUUUUUUUUAUUUUAUUUUAUUUUAAGUAAUCAUGUGAUCAGUUCUAAUAACUUCUGUGAGGAUAUGAAAGUGUAGGUCUCCGUGAGAUUAUCCUGACAUAAUACACCAUGACAAAUGCUCCUUUUUCAGUGCCAGCUGUUUUUUUAUUUUAUUUACUUUUGACUGUUUUUGAUCCAAAUGAAACCACAUUGAUAUGACAUGCUUUUGUAUUGUGUUCUGCUCAGGGCAAAGUCUGCUAUAUAAAUGUUUUGCUCAAACCUUUUGUUGAUUGUCUUGGGUUGAAUUAUUGUACUAUUGUACAAGUGUUAUGGUAGAAGCAUUUGAUUCAAAUUACAUAUCAAAUAUGUGUGUCUUUUAAUUUAAUGCAUAAGCAGUUUGAAAUGGGUUUUGAGAGUUUAGGAUUACAGCAUUUGAUGAGCAACGUAUCCAUUCAUUGAGUAUAUUGUUUGUUGUGUUGUCCUAACUGAGAAUCCUCUGAAGAAAUUUUGAGGAAUAGUUCAACCCCCUCCCCCCAAAAAAAGUAAUGUCGUUCCAAACUUGUAUGCAGUUAUUUUUUUCUUGCAACAGAAAAGAAGAAUUUAACGAAUAAACAAUCGCAUCUUCUGAAGCCAUGCGUUUCCCACACUUUUUGACUAAUGAAAUUCCAUGACAUUUCCAUGACCUUUCCAGGCAUUUGUGGUUACUGGAUAAUUUUUUUUUUUAAGUAAAAUAAUUUUAAUUCAAACGGAUUAGCUAAUGAAUCUUUCAGACCAAUUUGUGAACCAUUUUGACCUAUUUAUUAACAAGAACUGACUCAAAAGAACAAUUUGUUCACAAAUCACUGUGGCUUGCAAGCAGGUUUUACUCUACACAAGAGCAUUAUGUAGUUGAUGAGAUAUUUUUAAGAGCAGAGGAAAAUUAGAAAAAUAUAUACUCACUAUAAAAAUGUCUACAACUUCACCAUUUUAAAAUUCCCUUAUAUUUCCAGGUUUUCCAUGACGGAUAGCAUUUGGCCUCAGUGACCUACAAACCUAGUGUGUUACUUAGGCACACCAUUUUUAAAACUGAACACAAAUCAUUUCAAAGCUUUGGUGGGGGGGAAGAUUAUCAAUGAAUAACAACUAACACUUUGGUAUUUUUUUUUUUUUUUUUUUUUUUUACACAAAGCUAUUGUAUGGCUUCAGCAGACGCAUAUAAUUCACACAUUUUAUGGGUACUUUUAAGGUGUGAUUUGUCAUUUUUGGAGCUUGACUACAGUAUGAGGUCACUAUGAACUGUUGUUGUAUGGAAAAGCGCUGCAAAAAGUUUUCCUUUUGUGAUCCUAGAAGAACAAAAUUAAAAACAAAGCAGUUUGGAAUGACAAAAGGGUGAGUAAAUAUUAACAAAAUGUAAAUUUUUAUGUAAGCUCUUCCUUUUAAUAUUGAAAAACUUCAAAAGAUAAUAACAAAAGUAAUAUAGCCAAUAUUGGGCACAUAUAUUUUCAAGUUAAGGUGGUCAGUGUUAUUAUUUAGAAGUGAUCAAGGAAUGCCAGUGUCUGUAGUCAACUGGACUCUAAAUGACGGUCUAUGCAAAAUCCAUUUGACGCUCAAACUCCAUUUCAUUGCAAUAGAUGCUGUAGCACUGUAAGGACAGGUAUUCUCCUCACCUGUUUGUCUGUGAUCAUCCAUGACAUUCACAAAUGACAUUAUAAAUGCUGGUUUAUGUAAUUUCUUCAACACUGGAAAGAUAUCCUCUUCUGCUAUGCACCUAUUAUGUACUGUAAAUCUCUGAUCCUGUUAAUAAUGUUACGGUCAGAAGCAUUAUUGCUUAUUUGCUAUAUUGUAUAUCUCUGAUAAUGUAAAAUAUGGUUACCUAGAUCUCUUUGAGUGCAGCAUUACUUUUAGGUCUUUAGGUAGAGGAA